AUGGGGGCAGUUUUAAAACUGAGGGCCAGGAGGCAGACCUGGAGGUGGACCAGGCUACCUCCCCCUGCACCUCCAGGUAUCCCUCCACCUCGUCCUGGCAUGAUGCGCCCACCUUUGGUGCCUCCACUUGGACCUGCCCCACCUGGGCUUUUCCCACCAGCUCCUUUGCCGAACCCGGGGGUUUUAAGUGCUCCACCCAACUUGAUUCAGCGACCCAAGGCAGAUGAUACAAGCGCAGCCACCAUUGAGAAGAAAGCCACAGCAACCAUCAGUGCCAAGCCACAGAUCACUAAUCCCAAGGCAGAGAUUACUCGAUUUGUGCCCACCGCACUGAGGGUACGUCGGGAGAAUAAAGGGGCUACUGCCACUCCCCAGAGAAAGUCAGAGGAUGAUUCUGCUGUGCCUCUUGCCAAAGCAGCCCCCAAAUCCGGUCCAUCUGUUCCCGUCUCAGUACAAACUAAGGAUGAUGUUUAUGAAGCGUUCAUGAAAGAGAUGGAAGGGCUUCUGUGACAGCUUUUGAUGCUAGAACAGGCUUCUUUUCACAUCAGUGGUUCAUGGAGAGAGAGGCCCUUAUUCAGCUUAGGUGAAAGAGCCACUUUCACUGUCAGGGUAUUUUUAAUUUCAGUUCAAGGAAUAUCCUAAAGUUUAGCUUUGUUCAGAAUUUACUGCAUAUAAAAGAGGGUAUUUCAUUCAAAAUAGAUUGGUUAUUGAAGCAGUGCUGCUAACAUCCAUCCCCUUUCAUACCACCAUUUUCAUCCCACUUCUUGCCCUACUCCAGUUCCUUGGAAACUUGUCAUCAAGGGGAUCUUUGUUACUUAUUUGUUUUGAUUCUCUUCUUGUGUGCUCUGGGCACUGGAGCAGAGAUUUCUAAAAAACCAGUUUCACCCCAUCUUGCCUUUCAUGUUUGAGUUAUUUUAAAUAUUUUCUUGUAAAUAUUUUGUAAUAUUGUAGUGAAAUGGAUCACAAUGUCAUUUCCUAAUACAAACCAAGAUAUGUGGGAAGAAAAUGUACAAUUCUUUGAUUAAAAUUAUUUCCCACUGACCUAAACUUUAAGUGUUUCAUGGAAUAAAUAAAUAA